AUGUCGCCCACAACCAGAAAAAUUGUCUGCUUUUCAGACUUCGAUGGCACCAUCUUCAUGCAGGACACGGGUCAUGUCCUGUUCGAUAACCUAGGCUGCGGCGAAGAGCGCCGCCGGCUGCUCGACGAACAGAUCAAGUCGGGCGAGCGCUCAUUUCGAGACGUCUCGGAGGAGAUGUGGGGCUCACUCCGAGUCCCUUUCGAAGAUGGUUUCAAGAUCAUGGAGAAGGAGCUAGAGAUCGACCCCGGCUUCCAGGAAUUCCACCAAUUCUGCGUGGCCAACGACAUUGAUUUUAACGUUAUCAGUGCGGGGCUCAAGCCAAUCCUCCGCAAAGUGCUGAACACUUUCCUUGGAGAGCAUGAGGCCUCCCGUAUCCAGAUUGUCGCCAAUGACGCGGACAUCAGAUCCGACGGGUCUGAAUGGAAGCCCAUAUGGCGGCACGACACCGAGCUUGGCCAUGACAAGGCGCUAUCCGUCAAAGAGGGCCGCGCUCUCGCGGCGGAGAGUGCCUUGGAUGGGGAAAUCCCACUCAUCAUUUUCAUCGGAGAUGGCGUCUCUGACCUUCCGGCUGCGCGGGAAGCAGACGUGCUGUUUGCCCGGAGGGGUUUACGCCUGGAAGAAUACUGCAUCGAGAACAAGAUCCCCUAUAUCGGUUUCGAUUCGUUUGCGGAUGUAAAGAGAGAGGUCGAAGCCAUCAUGAAGGAAGAUCAGCAGAAAACUGGCGGCGUGGGCAAACCCGCCCGGUUCAACCCUCGCGCAAACAUGUGGCGGCGCAUCUCCAGCAAGCAAGCUAUUCCACAGUUUGUUGCGGCAACUCCCUCGAGGGAGGACAAGAUGUUCCUCUGGCCCGAGAGCUUCUCGGAAUACCACCCGACGAGCCAGAUGAACAAUGUUCCCGCAUAG